UCACGGUUCCCUCCCAUUUUUUGAAGUGGCGCCCUUACCAUGUGAGUUGGACAGACACAUCCAAGUUCUAUUGAGCUCUGCCUAUUCGUUCUCCUUCGUCAUCAUGUAAAAAAUUAGGGUUUCUUCUUUUGCUCGAAUUUGCGGAAGGGAAAGGGCCACUGUUGGUAACAGUUUUUUGGCUGAGUCGGGUGAUUGCUGUUCCAUUGUGGUCGCGAUCAUGUUUUUGUAAUUUGCCACUGCGGUAUCUCUUGUUUUCCCUGAUGGUCACCUUUGCAAAAACCUUAUGAUUUGCUCCUAGUCUCGGGCCUGCUGUAGUCUUCUUGUGGUGAAGGCGAGGCGUCGCUUUGAUUUCUCCUCCGCCUUCGCCUCUCUCGACGUCGCUGCUGAAAUCUUGGUGGUGUCCGUCAGUUUUAGAUAAAGGAAAUAUCUUGUCGGAAAGGAAUUCUUGGGCAUCGUUUAGAGUUCUUCGAUUACCCAGAUGAGAGAGUAAGAUGGUCAAAACUGUAUCAAAAGCCCCCCUAUGCAAACCAAGGAGUAGGUCUACAUGAUAAAUUUGAGCCAAUGGUACGCCCUCGCUAUCCACCUUUUUGUCAUAAGAGUGAACUACCAGAUGUUCUUCCAGAAUCUGAUGUGAUAGUCAUUGUUAAUGACUCUUGGAAAGUUGGGGAUUUAGUUGAUUGGUGGUGUGAUGGUUGUUUUUGGUCAGGCAGAAUAACACAAAUUUUAGGGAGCGAUAAGGUUCAGAUCAAAUUACCGGAUCCUCCUGUUGGUGAAGGAUGUUCUUAUGAAGCCCUAUGUAAAGAUUUGCGCCCGUCUCUUGAUUGGUCGCAAGAAAAUGGUUGGAUGGUGCCAUUGUCAGGGGAACUUGGCAAUGGUUGGCACUGUGCUCAUUUGGCUUGGAUGCAUGAAAUAGACAAAGAAAGAAUGGAGAAACAGACCCUUGAGAUUGUUAAAGAUGCACAAAAAAUCUACCUUGAUACUGCAGACAUUGAAAAUGAUGCGAAUGAAGUAGCCGCUGAUAGGGUUACUGAGCCAUCCAAUUUUGAUGAUAAUGAUAACAGUUACAAUGAUAAUGAAAAAAAUGAAUUAGGUGCAUCUAAGGCAGCAACCACAAGAGAAGGUCGAUACACUUUGGUUACUAAGGAUGAUGCAGAUGUUGCUGCACUGAAGUACCUGAUGUUGGCAAGGAGCUCCAGUACAUUAGAGUCAUCUGUCAUGAAUCUAGAGGAUGUUGCAUGCAGAAUCAGAUGGCUUAAAGGAUUGCUGAAGUUUGGAUUUCAAUGGUCAGAUUUGAUGAUACCUUCAUGGAAAUUCUUGGAGACUCAUAAAGUACAUUUAAGAAGGUGACAUAUUAAAGAUUCUUUUCAAGAAGAAUGGUGUUUGACAGAAACGAUAUGUCAUUAAGGGAGACUUGUGGUAUAAGAAGCAAGCAUCGAACUAUUUGUAUGCCCCAUUCUAUGUUCAAAGUUUCAGUUGGAAGAGUUUCAGCAGUUCAUGCAGGCAUGCAGCAGAAACAGCACACCCCCAACACUUGAGAAGAUGGUAUGAACCAUUAUGAUUUUUUUUUAUUUUUUAUUUUAGUGUGGCUGUGUUUUUCUAGUAGUGAAUAUUUUGAUUGAAUGAAUGGCUCAAUUUCUUCCUCAAAGAGUUAUUUUUUUAA